AAGAAUCAAGGCAUCACAUUACCAUUACAUUCACAUGUUGGGAGUCGAGACCAACCUUGUCACAUCGUCUUCCCAACAAAUCCAAAUCCAAGCCAAGCCAAGCAUCCCUUUUCUUUUCUUUUCUUUUCCUUUUUCUUUUCUUUUCUUGGAAUCCUCAAUUCCUCGGCUUUUCUUUCCCCCCUCAUUCCCUCAACAGCGCCGACAACAAAUCUGUAUAUGCUGCUGUUGUGUGCGUGAGAGAGAACAAACAAACAAGUCAAACAAACAGGAAGUUCCAGUUUCGUGACUGCAGUUUUCAUUUUGUUUGCUUGCAUUGCAGUUUUGAUCUUACGCGGACCACACUGUAAUUUUGGAUUUUUAUUUUUAUUUUUAAAAUUUUCGUGCCCGUGCGAAACAUCCCCUUCCCUAGCAUUGUGUGCCACUGUUCUUGUUCUACUCAAUAAUUGCAUUUAAUUCCUCAAUUAAAAUGGGGGGAGCCAUCGCCUUGCCAAUUGGGUGGAUUGUAUUUUGUUGGUUGGGAGGCUGCAUUGCAUUCAUUGACGAUGGCGGAAGCUGCCGGACAAGUUCGGUUAGUUCGUUGCCCCAAAUGUGAAAACCUGCUUCCCGAGCUCCCCGAUCUCUCACUUUACAAGUGUGGUGCCUGCGGUGCGGCUCUCAGAGCUAAAAGGAAUGGGAGCCUGGAUGAUGGAUUGUCGGAGGUGUCUGAUGAAGUAAAGGGCAGUGGGCAAUCUGCAGAAAGUAGUAGUAGUAUAGCAGAAGCUUCCGCAAGUAAUAUGGAAAGUAUUGUUGGAGGCGAGAGGAAUCUUUUUGGAAUGGGAAGUGUGGAUGAAAUUGAGAGAACUUAUGACAAGGGAGGAGUGGCUUCACAUGGCAGUUCCAUGCUACAACCUAAAAGAACAGACACAUCAUUUGAUUACGAUGAUAAACUUAGGAGGAGGGGUAAAGAAAGGAUGAGAAGAAUGCAAACUUUGGUGGAUGAUGAGCUUGGAGGACCAUAUUUUCGUGGUAUUGUGGGGUUUAACAGAAAUAGGGGUACCCAUCAUGAUGUGAAUGCUGAGAAUAGGCCGGAGUAUGCUAAGUUUCAUGGAAAAAAUGCUAGAGGUUUUUGUGAUGAUUUUCUUCAUCACAACGAGGGGCAAUCUAGCUAUGACCGGAACUCUAAUUGCAAACAAGGUGAACGAACUCGGUAUCCCAACCAUGGUCUGGAUGAACUUGCUAGGAUAGAAAGUUUGGAGAAUGGCCGGGCAGAGCUCCUGAGAAAACUUGAUGAAUUGAAAGACCAAAUUACUCGGUCUUGUGAUUUGGAAGACAAGCCCGUGGAAAGUAUUGGCAUUGAUCCGGUGAAACUUUCUGCAUCUUUACCUCAUCCUCCUUAUGGCAGACUUAAUGCUGCUGCUGCUGGGUACGUGCAAGGAAGAUUGAUUGGUUCGCAAGGUCCAGGCAAGCAACUGCUUGGUUCUAAUGGUGCGCCACCAUAUGCCAACCAAUUUGGUGCGUACAAUGAGAGGGUAUUGGAGUCAUUUCCCCAAAAUGGUGGCUGGGGAUACCCACAUGAGUUCGCACGUCAUCCCCAUGCGAAUAGGGGGGAAAUGAUCGGGAGGCCCACUCGUCGUAUGGGGGGCCACGAAUAUCAUUCCAGUUAUUAUGGGAAUGCCAAUCCCGAGCUAUUUAUGUUGAACCGGCAUGACAACUUUUUUCACCAACCAGCUUGCUCUUGUGUGCACUGCCGCGAGAAGAAUUGGCAUAUGCCCCUGAAUGUUGACCGCCCUGGCUUGCACAACCAAAGGUUUCAGCAGGGACCCUCUAAUCCUUGUUUUCAUCAAAGUCGAAAUCCAAUUCUGCACCAACCACAGGGCAAUACUUUUGCAGGCUCGGCUGUACAUCACUUGCACUCUCAACAGCAUCGCACGCAGCAUGCAGUUGUUGACAUGGAUUCUGACAGUGAUGGCCUUGAUUUCCAUCGCCCGAGAAAGUUUGGGUUACCUCACAGGAGAGGACGGGUAAGGUAUCCCAUUGCAGGUGGUGCUCCUUUUAUAACGUGUGAUAAUUGCUUUGAAUUACUGAAAAUAUCUAGGAGGCAUGUUUCUUUGGCGAAAAACCAGCCGAAAUUGAAAUGUGGCGCUUGCUCUUCCAUUGUCUUGUUGGCACUUGGGAACAAGGGGUUUGUUGCUUCUGUCUCUGCACGUACUGACCAGGUACCUCCCAAGAUAGAUGAAAACUCAAAUGGCAUCAGUGUAGACUCUGAAAAAAAGAUUGAUGACACGCGGCAGAAUCUUGAAAAGAGUUGUGUUUCUGCUGGAUCAAAGAGGAUUAUGGAUCCUCUCUCUUCGGCAUCAAGUUUGUAUAAUGGAGUGGAUAGCCCUGAGAAUGUGGCAUCUAGGAAACACUCCCCGCCUGCUGAGUUACCCAUGGCACAACCUGAUGAGCCUCCAGAGGAACGCGCCAAUGCUGAUCCUGAAAAUGUUGCAGAUACGCAGUUCGCAGACAAACAUCAGGAGAAGGAGAGGGCUUCUUUCGAUAUACCUAAUACUGAAGGGAGUUAUGUGGCAGCUUCAGGAGUGGCGACUGAGAUAUCCUUGAAUGGGAUCUCAAAUAGCUAUGUGUCUCAGAACUCUGUUGGCACGGAUAAAGAUCACUCCAAUGGUAAAAAAGGAGGCAAGUCUUUCUUUGCAGGUCUCAUUAAGAGAGGCUUCAAAGACUUUGGACAGCCGAGCCGAGGAGCAGAAGUUUUCAUCAAUGGGCAUCUGAUACCCGACCAUGCUGUUAAGAGGGCUGAGAGAUUAGCUGGGCAAAUUCAGCCUGGUGACUACUGGUAUGAUAAGAAGGCUGGAUUUUGGGGGGUGAUGGGCCAUCCUUGUCUUGGCAUUAUAAUGCCGAAUAUCGAGGAAUUCAAUUAUCCUAUGCCAGAAAAUUGUGCUGCUGGAGACACUGGGGUUUAUGUCAACGGGCGUGAACUCAACCAGAGAGAUCUGGAUUUGCUUGCGAAAAGGGGACUCCCGGCCACCGAGUACAAAUCCUAUCUGAUUAAGAUCUCAGGGGAAGUGGUUGAUGAGCAAACUGGCGAGCAACUGGAGUCCCUAGGCAAACUUGCACCAACGGUUCUGCGAGCUGGGCAUGGAUUUGGGAUGAAGGUUCACCGGUUUCUUGGCCAACAGAAGAGUUAGUUUGUGUCUGUGUGUGUGCGCGCGCGUUAAAAUUAUAUUGCUGCAUGUAUGGCGAGUUAGCCAGCCGUGUUGUUUCUUGGCUGGCUGGCUUGGUCAUCGUAGAUGGCGUUGGUAGCGUUAACCAACUAUACUUUUGGCUCCUCUCUCUCUCUCUCUCCCUCUUCCUCUCCUGGUGAGUGGCCUGUCCUCCAUAGUCAAAAUUCAACCAGAGCAAUUUGUUUUCAGUUAGUUAGUUAGUACGCAGGCAGGCACUAGCUCUACUUGGAAAUUAAGUUGAAGCCAGCCAGCCAAGUCUUGAUCUGAAUAGUUAGUUAGUUGAUUUUUUUGGGGGUUUAUACAGCUUUCUUUUACUUGGAUUGGAUUGGAUUGGAUUGGAUGGAUGAUCUUGAUCAUAGGAGGAGAAUGAAUGAAUAAGUUUGGGAAA